CGUGAGGCCGAGGGAGGGGCGGCGGCGCGAGCGGCGGCGGCGGCGGUUCCAGCAUGAAGAGGAGAGCUGGCCUGGGGGACAGCAUGAGGUCAGUGGUGGGCUUCUUGUCCCAGCGGGGCUUGCAUGGGGACCCCCUGCUCACUCAGGACUUUCAGAGGAGACGCCUGCGAGGCUGCAGAAACCUCUACAAGAAGGACCUCCUGGGCCACUUCGGCUGUGUCAAUGCCAUUGAAUUCUCCAACAAUGGAGGCCAGUGGCUGGUCUCAGGAGGAGAUGAUCGCCGGGUUCUACUAUGGCACAUGGAACAAGCUAUCCACUCCAGAGUUAAGCCCAUACAGCUGAAAGGAGAGCAUCAUUCCAACAUUUUUUGCCUGGCUUUCAACAGUGGGAACACCAAAGUAUUCUCUGGAGGAAAUGAUGAGCAAGUUAUCCUCCAUGAUGUUGAAAGCAGUGAGACCUUAGAUGUGUUUGCUCAUGAAGAUGCGGUGUAUGGCUUGUCAGUGAGCCCAGUGAAUGACAACAUUUUUGCCAGCUCCUCAGAUGAUGGUCGGGUUCUCAUCUGGGACAUCCGGGAAUCUCCCCAUGGAGAGCCCUUCUGCCUGGCCAACUACCCAUCAGCCUUUCACAGUGUCAUGUUCAACCCUGUGGAGCCCAGGUUAUUGGCCACAGCCAAUUCAAAGGAAGGAGUGGGACUCUGGGAUAUUCGAAAACCUCAGAGUUCUCUCCUGCGCUAUGGGGGCAACCUAUCCCUCCAAAGUGCCAUGAGUGUGCGAUUCAACAGCAACGGGACCCAGCUCCUGGCCCUGAGACGUCGCCUGCCCCCUGUGCUCUAUGACAUCCACUCCCGCCUGCCUGUGUUCCAGUUUGACAAUCAGGGUUACUUCAACUCAUGUACCAUGAAAAGCUGCUGUUUUGCAGGAGAUCGUGACCAGUAUAUCCUUUCAGGCUCUGAUGACUUCAACCUGUACAUGUGGAGAAUUCCUGCAGAUCCAGAAGCAGGUGGCAUUGGUAGGGUGGUCAACGGAGCCUUCAUGGUGCUGAAAGGGCAUCGGUCUAUUGUGAACCAGGUCCGAUUUAACCCCCACACCUACAUGAUCUGCUCUUCUGGUGUAGAAAAGAUCAUCAAGAUCUGGAGCCCAUACAAGCAGCCAGGAUGUACCGGAGAUCUGGAUGGUCGGAUUGAGGAUGAUUCUCGCUGUCUCUAUACCCACGAAGAGUACAUCAGCCUUGUCCUGAACAGUGGGAGUGGCCUGUCCCACGACUACGCCAACCAGUCUGUGCAGGAAGACCCCCGGAUGAUGGCCUUCUUUGACUCCCUGGUGCGUCGCGAGAUCGAGGGCUGGAGCUCCGACUCAGACAGCGACCUCAGCGAAAGCACCAUCCUCCAGCUGCACGCAGGGGUCAGCGAGCGUUCGGGCUACACCGACUCCGAGUCCUCGGCCUCGCUGCCCCGCUCCCCUCCGCCCACAGUGGAUGAGUCUGCUGACAGCGCCUUCCACCUGGGGCCCCUGCGGGUCACUGCCACAAAUGUGGUGGCUUCAACUCCGCCACCGCCCACGUGCGAGGAUGCCACCACUCGCCAGCAGCGCCUGUCUGCCCUGCGGCGCUACCAGGACAAACGCCUCCUGGCUCUUUCCAACGAGUCCGAUUCAGAAGAGAACGCCUGUGAGGUUGAACUGGACACAGAUCUCUUCCCCCGGCCACGGUCUCCCAGCCCUGAAGACGAGUCCAGCAGCUCCGGCAGCCCCAGCAGCUCCGAGGAUGAGGAGGAGCUGAAUGAACGGCGAGCGUCCACCCGGCAGCGGAACGCCAUGCGGCGCCGGCAGAAGAUGCCUCGAGAGGAGAGGCCUGGUGCCCCGACCAAGCCCACUGACACCUGCAUUGGAGAAGACAACUAUGAUUACCCCCAGAUCAAAGUAGAUGACCUCUCUUCUUCCCCCACCUCCUCUCCUGAGCGGAACACGUCCACUCUGGAGAUUCAGCCAAGCCGAGCAUCGCCAACUUCCGACAUAGAGUCAGUUGAGCGCAAGAUCUAUAAAGCUUACAAGUGGCUCCGCUACUCCUAUAUCUCCUACUCAAAUAACAAAGAGGGAGAGAGCUCGCUUGUGUCUGGGGAGGCAGAUGAAGGGAGAGCAGGAACCAGCCACAAAGACAACCCAGCCCCUUCUUCCAGUAAGGAAGCCUGUCUAAACACGACCAUGGCCCAGAGGAGCCAGGACCUGCCCCCCGCAGGCCACAGCAAGGACGCUUUUAAAGAAGGGACUUCUGCCAUAAAUCCCAGCAAUGGCCCAGGCCAUGAGCCCAGCGGUCACCCUUGGGCUGAGGCACCAGAGGACACCUCUCAGGACACGAGUAACACUGGUGGCUCUGUAGAACACUCUUUUGAGACCAAGAAGCUCAAUGGAAAGGCCCUGAGCAAGGCCCUGAGCAGCCGGGCUGAGGAGCCACCCUCCCCUCCUGUCCCCAAGGCAUCUGGCUCCGCUCUCAGCAGCGGGUCUGGCAACUGUCUGAGGACCCAGUCUGAUGACAGUGAGGAGAGGAGCCUCGAAACCAUCUGUGCCAACCACAACAAUGGGCGCUUACACCCCCGGCCCCCUCAUCCCCACAGCAACGGGCAGAGCUUUGGGGAGCUGGAGGCGGUGGCCUGCUCGUCCCCAGGACGUUCGGACACUGAUCAUGAUAACUUGUCCCUGACGGCGAUGCUCCUACACAAAGAUUGUUGUGGGUCUGAAAUGACCUGUGAGACCCCCAGUGCUGGAACGAGAGAGGACCCCACUGACCCCCCAGACACAGACAGCAGCAGGGCUGUUCAUGGCCAUAGUGGCCUCAAAAGGCACCGAAUCGAAUUGGAAGACACAGAUUCGGAGAAUUCCUCCUCAGAGAAGAAAUUAAAAACAUGAUAAAUACAAAGGGAAAACAAAAAGCUACGAAAAGUAGCUUUAUAAAAAUUUUUAAAUCCUGUUUAGUGAACACAGAGGAAAGGAAAAAUAGUAUUAAAGGCACAUAAAACCAGGGCCUGAAGUUUUGUGUCUGAUGCUGCUCCCUUCUAUUCAACAAUGGGUCUGAUGUUUAGCUGGCCACUGGCUGUGCUGUGUUAAGAAAGGGAAACAAAUCCAAGUGACUCCUUUCUAGUAAGACUUGAGCAUAGUGUACCUGUGCAGAUUCUGUUAAAGUAAAUCCUCGUUGAGAUGUU